AUGUCGGCUUUCUCCGGAUCACUCCACAAGUUCACCCCGUACUGUCCCACUGAAGUCCGGAUGACUUUAGACCAGCUUCCUCCAGAACUCCUCAUACUUCUACCAUUUCACCUGGACACGAUCAAAGACGUUCUUUCACUUUCGAGCUGCUCACGAGCCCUGUAUCUCUCAUGCAGUCAUCCUGACGAUCGCGUUAUUCCACGGCUCGCAGCUGGAUCCGGAGAGUCUUUGUUCAGACCGCAUCCAAACCUCCUUACUGCUGCCAUGGCACGAAAGCUCGCGAAUUGGGCGGUCGACGGUGACUCAGAAAACCGGCGCUAUCGUUUGGAGGUCGCCAUCCAGAAUGGUGUGGAGGGCUUGCUCAGCCUCAUGGUCGAUGUUGUGACGCUUUCCAUGGUGGAAGUACGUGCAUUGAAGGUGUACGAGCGCGAAGUGCUUUCUCGGGUCUCCCUCCAUCCCUCAGGAGAGGGAACAAAUGGGAACGACUUGGAGAGGUUGGCUUUGCUGUCUUGGAUCACAUACGGGGAAUUGUUCCACCAUUCAAUCGAAGUCGGGCAACACACUGUGAAACCGCUGAGCACAGUGACGCGACUGAAAUGGAUCGUGUUCUGUAUGCCUGAUGUUUACUGUUAUUGGAAUCUGGCGUUCUCGGACUUCUCGCGACGACUGAAGGCUGCAGCCAAGGACAAAUAUAAAACCAGCCAGCAACAGCGCGCAAUGCUCGAUUUGAUCGACGCAUAUCCUGGUCUCAAUCCGAAACGAUGGCGAGCACUUUUGGAGGAAGAGGAGGAGUCUUAUCGCGCCACGCAGCUUGCAGUGGUCUCCUGUGGCUUCAAGGGGCUUGAAUAUCUUGUGUCUUCAGCCAGUCUGCUAGUCACGCUGAAGAUAAUUCUGCUUACGGAGGAUCUUCGCCAGUCCUCAGGCGAUAGAUGGGUGUAUGCGCCCACGCCCGCUCUUGCAGAUGAUUUAUAUAUGACAUUGUGGGGCGAGAGGACCUCCAACACCCAGUCUUGGACCGAAGAAAUGGUGGAAAGGAAAGACGCCUUGAUGGAGGAGAUCAGGAAAAACAAUGUCACUGUCCUUCUCGGAGAGACGGGUUCUGGGAAGACGACUCAGGUUCCGCAAUAUCUCCUCGAAUGCGGUCUGGCGGGCUCUGGUAUCAUUGGUGUAACGCAACCGCGGAAGGUUGCAGCUACAUCACUUGCCGCUCGCGUUUCUGAAGAGCAGGGCACCGUUCUCGGACGACUGGUUGGAUAUUCGGUCCGAUUCGACGAGCAGUGCGGACCAGAAACGCGGGUGAAGUAUAUGACGGACGGCAUGCUCACACGAGAGCUUCUUGGCGACCCACUGCUCACCAAGUACUCGGUGCUUAUCAUCGACGAAGCCCACGAACGAACAUUGCGUACCGAUCUGCUGCUGGCCAAUUUGAAGCGCAUAUUGCGAGAGCGGAAUGGCGACAGCCAGGGAAAAGGAAAAGGGAGGCCUAAUCCUCUGAAGGUUGUUAUCAUGUCUGCUACUCUCGAUGCGGAGAAGUUCAGCAAGUUUUUCUCCGAUGCAAAGAUCAUAUACGUCAAGGGUCGACAACAUCCUGUAAAGGUCUACCAUGCCGCACAAAGUCAGACAGACUAUGUUGAGGCCGCCUCUCGCACGUUCUUCCAGAUCCACGUCGACCAAGGACCCGGGGAUGUUCUCAUCUUCCUUCCUGGUCAGGAGGACAUUGAGAGCCUGCAGCUUUCCAUCGAGGACUUCGCUCGUAAACUGCCGCCAGACCACGCACAGGUCCUCGUUGUCCCUAUGUUUGCUGCCCUCCAGCAGACACAGAUGCAGCGCAUUUUCACUCCGACGCCACGAAAAGUACGCAAAUGUAUCCUUGCCACCAACAUCGCGGAGACGUCGAUCACUAUCCCGGGAGUUCGUUAUGUCAUCGAUACGGGCAAGAGCAAAGAAAAGCGUUAUCUGGCAGGCUCAAACGGAGGAGGUUUCGAUACUCUUCUCACUCGCGACAUUACCAAAUCCAACGCCAUGCAACGUGCUGGGCGUGCUGGGCGUGAGGGCCCUGGGGUGUGCUAUCGUCUGUUUACCGAAGACGCCUUUUCUGUGAUGCAUGACUCUCCCGAGCCAGAGAUACUGCGAUGCAGUCUCAGUCAAGCGAUGUUACACCUGUUCUGUUUAGGACAGGAUCUGCAGGAGCUCGACUUGAUGGAUGCGCCAAAUGCAGAGGCUCUUUCUGCUGCUCUGCGAACUUUGUUCUUGCUGGGUGCACUGGAUUCACAUCGUGCUGUUACCCCCCUUGGACGUGUGAUGGCGUCGUUUCCCUUGGAGCCGGCCUUUGCACGGGCUCUCGUCGCUUCGGCCGAACUCUCGUGCACGACCGAGGUGCUUGAUAUUGUCUCAGUCCUCUCCGCCUCCUCGAAGAUCUGGCUGGAUGUUACGGAUAAACGCGCAGAUAUCCUCGAGGCUAGACGAAAAGUAACACAUCCAACGGGAGAUCAUAUGACGAUCCUGAAUACCGUUCGAACGUACCGAGCUGUCGGUGGUGAAACGGAGGACAAGGUAGCGAGAACUGCACGCAAAGAGUGGGCUCGACAGCACUAUGUCAACGAGCGCACCAUCCGAGAGGCAACGGCAAUCCGGGAGCAGCUUCGGGAAUGCUGCAGCCGUGCUGGGAUCGACUGGCGCUCGAGUUGCGGAGACCUAGAUGAGCCGGUGUUGAUGAGUUUGGCGCACGGCCUGGCUCCGAAUUCAGCCCUCAUCGGACCCGACGGCAGCUACAAGCAGAUCAUGGGCCAUUCGGUGGUCAAGAUUCACCCGAGCUCCAGCGUGGCCGAUAAGAAGUUCCCAGCGAUUAUCUUCGACGAGCUGGUUUACACCAACCAAGUUUACGCCCGAGGUGUUUCCUCCAUCUCCAAAACAUUCUUUGCCAAGCACGGAGUUUUGUCCCAGCGAGCCGUCUGAUCGCUCAAUCAAGGACUGCACCAGGGAACAUCCUACAACUGGACCGGCGUCGAUGUGUCUAAGCGGGAUGACAUCGCUGCGAGACCACACGGUCUACCUAGUCUAGCCACUGUUCGAUUACUCUUUGUUACAUUGGCUGUGCAGGUCCACUGCGAAACACGGUCCAAGUCUCUGUCUAACCUGCCGUGAUCAUCGAAGUCGCCGACGAACAAUCCUGUCUGGUCCGCCGUGUGUCUUGAGCGCUGGGAAGGGUUCAGCAAUUAAUCAUCCAGACGACAAGAUCGCUUGUCGCUCCAAUGUUGAGGCAACACCUUGGCAGGCGGAACUCCAAUGGCAACCACGGCUAUCCAGAGCUCAAGGUAGAGCCGCGAAAUCCAGUCAGUGUUCGCGGCGUCGAAUGUGCCCUUACCUUUUGGUUGUUCCCCUCAAGAUCUCGAUUUGAGCCAGGGAGACCGAGCCUGUACUUUGCAAAUGCCUCCAGCAUCAACCUCCGGCGCAGCCCAGAAUCGCUGGUUGCUCCGCCACCGUGUAUGAUCUGCGUCCGAUACUCUGCUGGGAUGUUCUCCGCAGGAGCGUCAGCAGUGGAGACGACACCGGGACAGCGAAAUAGAAGCAGGUGUUCUCCAGAUGCAAUGCAAUCCCUGAUUGUAAUAUCAUAUUUCGGUAGAGCAUGGCGCGCGUCAAAACAACGUAGAGCAUGGGGCACAGUGAAAUUUGGUUUUCCUUCGAAUUAUGAGAAUAGAGGGUGAAUUCAAC